AUGAGCCACCCUUGGCUUCGAGACGAUGGAGUGGCAACCGACAAACCUCUUGACCCUGCUGUCUUAACUCGAUUGACACAGUUUUCUGCUAUGAAUAAAUUUAAGAAAAUGGCUCUUCGAGUCAUUGCAGGGUGUCUAUCUGAAGAGGAAAUUGCAGGUUUAAAAGAAAUGUUCAAAAUGCUUGACACAGAUAACAGUGGCCAAAUUAGUUUCGAAGAACUCAAGGAGGGACUCGAAGGAUAUGGUGUCAAUCUCAGUGAGUCUCAGAUCCGUCAUCUAAUGCAGGCCUGGGGGCUGAGGUUAUGCGCCGAGCCUGUGGUGAGGCUGCAAAGCCAAUUAUGUUGA